UUUUCAUCUCUCGCCCCACUUCUUUCUCCUCCACCUCAACAGCAUGUCUGGCCACGCAACCAAUCUCCGUCUCAAGCUCCCGGCAAUAUGCUUCCUCCUCCAGCUCUUCACCAUCAUCCUCUUUGCUGUUUUCGUCCGCUACAAUCAAGAGACCAGCGCCAGGCUCUGGCACGAGGAGCUGAGCCACCACAACAAAAGCAACCGGGACAACGAUUUUUACUUUCGCUACCCGAGUUUCCAGGAUGUCCACACCAUGAUCUUCAUCGGCUUUGGCUUUUUGAUGACCUUUCUGAAACGUUACGGGUUUGGCAGCGUAGCCUUCAACUUCCUGAUCGCGGCGUUCGCUAUCCAGUGGUCUACGCUGAUCCAAGGCUUUUUCCACUCUUUUCAUGAUGGCAAGAUUCACAUCGGAAUAGAGAGCAUGAUCAACGCCGAUUUCUGCUCCGGAGCCGUCCUGAUCUCCUUCGGAGCAGUUCUGGGCAAGACAAGCCCCAUCCAGCUACUGCUGAUGGCCUUAUUCGAAGUCACACUCUUUGGUAUUAAUGAAUACAUCCUGCUCAGUGUCAUUGGGGCAAAGGAUGCUGGGGGCUCCAUGACCAUCCACACCUUUGGGGCUUAUUUCGGAUUGAUGGUUUCGCGGGUCUUGUAUCGGCCCCAGCUGGACAAAAGCAGACAGAGGGAAGGCUCCGUGUACCAUUCAGAUCUCUUUGCUAUGAUCGGAACAAUCUAUCUGUGGCUCUUCUGGCCAAGCUUCAACUCUGCCAUUACAGCUCACGGCGACGACCAGCAGCGGACGGUCAUGAACACCUACUUCUCCCUGGCCGCUAGCACGCUGGCCACCUUUGCCAUGUCUGCCCUCAUCAAUGGGGAAGGCAAACUGGACAUGGUCCACAUUCAGAACGCAGCCUUAGCUGGCGGGGUCAUGGUUGGGACAUCAGGCGAGAUGAUGCUGACUCCGUUCGGUGCCAUGAUUGCCGGGUUUCUCGCUGGGCUCGUUUCUACCCUGGGCUUCAAAUUCCUCACGCCCAUCCUGGACUCCAGACUAAAAAUACAGGACACAUGCGGGGUUCACAACCUCCAUGGGAUACCAGGCGUCCUGGGUGCUCUCCUGGGAGCUCUGGUGGCAGCUCUGGCAACGCAAGACGUCUACGGGGACGGGAUGGCCGACGUGUUCCCUUUAAUCGCUGACGGAAGCCGGACGGCAAUUUACCAAGGAAUCUGCCAGCUCUUCGCAUUACUCAUCACCCUGGGGUUCGCUGUUGUCGGAGGAAGCCUCGUAGGAGCUGCCUUGAAAAUCAGGUCGUUGGGGUCCCCUCCAGACACACAGUGCUUCAACGAUCAGAUCUACUGGGAGGUCCCUGAGGAUCAUCAGGACGGAUACAUGACGGCUGUGAACUCCGAGGAUUGCGAAAGGAAUGCAAGUGUCUAAUGGGAUUUUCCUCUGCGUCGGCACACCUCAGCCUGCUCGCCACGUGGGCCCACCUGAUUCAAGCCAUCCAGUACAGGGGGAGAUUUCCCGAGCACCUGCCGACCGCAAGGGGUCUUAGUCUGAAAGAGCCUCCUUUAGCCUGAGCUGUGGACAGAGGCAUAGCAGCUUGUGAUGGGAAGCCAGGACAUGGUCUCCACCCCAUCCCACCUCCUCUUGCAAGAAUCCUCUUGGUGCAUUGCAGCUACAUUCCCAUGCGUGUUCUCCCCGUGACAGGACUGGUCCUGCUCAUCUGUCCCAUGCCUGGAAUACGAAGCAAAUGGAAGCCAGGAUCAACGUUCCCAUGGAGCUAAUAAUUUCUUCACCCCAUUCAGUCUCACUUGCUGUCCAGGCUCCUUUCGAGAGAAAAAUGAUGCAUGGCAGUUUAGAGGCUAGACUGUGAGAUCUAGGUUCAGUUCCCAGCUCGGUCAGACACCUGGUGUGAGAUCAGGCCAGUCCUUUAGGCCUGGUGUACACACCUGCUUCACUGAACUCAUGCAAAUUGCAUGGAUUCUCUUAUUUCCGUUUAACGGGCUGAUCAGUGGCUGAUCUUAAACCUGUUCCUCGUUGACUUCAGUUAAACCAAAAUAAAGCGCUCCGAGUGAAAAGAUCACCUCCAUCCAACCUUGGGCACUGGUAUAAAAAAAAACCCCACACCUUUGGUUUAACCAGUGCAGCUCUGCA